AUGGGUUCCCUUGCUCCGUCCUCAGGUCCAGCCUUCGCAGGGAAAGUUGCGCUUGUGACGGGAUCUUCUCGUGGUAUUGGCCGAGAAAUUGCACUUGGACUCGCAGUCCGCGGUGCCGAUAUUGUCAUCAACUACUUCUCCAGCGAAGCCAAGGCGCAGGAAGUGGUCAAAGAAAUCAAGGCGUUAGGACGGAAAGCCGUCGCCAUUCGGGCGGAUGUCUCGUCGUAUGAGGCAAUCCAGGGACUCUUCCGAGAAGCAGUGGCUGCGUUCGGCAAGAUUGACGUCGUUGUCUCCAAUUCCGGCGUUGAACAUUUCGAGACCAUUGACAAGGUGACCCCAGAGCAGUACGACCAUGUGUUCAAUAUCAACACGCGGGGGCAAUUUUUCGUCGCGCAACAGGGUUACCAAUACAUUUCGCCCGGCGGAAGUAUCGUCCUCAUGUCGUCCAUCGCGGCGAAUCUUCGCGGCCUGGCUGACCAUGCCAUCUAUUCGGCCAGCAAGGCAGCAGUCGAAGCAUUUGUCCGUUCCCUUCCCAGCGACUUCGCCCCCAAGCGCGUCCGGGUGAAUGCCAUCGCACCCGGUGGCAUUGAUUCCGACAUGGCCAACGACAACGCGUGGCGAUACGUUCCGGGGGGCGAUGCUUCCAUGCCGUACGAAACAGCGAAAGACGCGCUGGGCAGGAUGUGUCCCCUCGGCAGGUUUGGUCUGCCGCAGGAUGUCGCCAAGGUCGUUGCCUUCCUGGCUUCCGAUGAGGGUGGAUGGAUCAACGGUCAAGUCAUCACGAUUUCGGGAGGAGCAGGUCG